ACAACACGAAAAGGGGCCAAAAUUGCCUGCGCAGAUCAGGUGCAGGGUUUUUUUUUCCCGUUCUUCAAAAAGUGGAAAAAUAGAGAGUCAGGGAAGGGGAGGAAAAAAAAUUCUGGAGCAACCAGAAUGCUUCGGAGUGUCAGAGCUUCAGUUCCGGAGUAAAGAGGCGAUGAGCAGGUCAUUAAACAGUAUCUUGUGAUCUUGCUUAUUCCAUUUUGACGCGAUCGAUGAGGAACUAAGGAGGAGGCAGAAAAGCACACACGCACACAGAGACACAUACAUACAAACAAAAACUGGUGGUGAUCGCAUUUCUGUCGCGGUUCGUCUCUUUUCGUUUUCGUUGCAUUGGCUGGUACGGACGCGUUUUAUUUAUUUCUCUCCAACACCCCUCCUCCCCGGCCACUCUUUAUGUGCAUUUCUAGUUGGGAGACUGGUUCGUCUCAGCUGUUUCAACAUCGCUCCGCUGGGUUGGUGACUGGGCAGGGCAAGGCUAGGCUGGGAUCGACAUCCCACGCCACGACCAACACUUUUUUCUUUCUUUUUGCCAGUUGUUAUUCCCUCUGCACCCCUUCCUCAAGCAAGAGAGAGAGAGAGAGAGAACCCUCCCCCACCCCCCCCCCCCCACACACUUUGCCAAUCCAGACAUGCUCCAGAAUGACACUAAAAGGCAAUCAGUUUGCUGUCCCUACCUGGAGCAAAACCUGGAGUCCUUGAAAAGUCCUGAGGUCAACAAUGGGGAUGGGUCCUCCUCCCAGCUCGACUGUCUAGCUGCCCCAGCCAGCUUGGUUCUGCAAGAUCAAGGAGGAAGCAAUUCGACAGUUAACACUCUAGGAUGGUCCACUAGUCAGACCGGCGAGGAAAACCUACUCCAGCAAGGAGUCCUGCCAACUGCCAUGUUGUUACCGAAGAUGGUGCACCUGGGACCUCUCUUUGGAGGGACUUUCCCCUCGGUGCAGCAGAUGGGGCUGGCCCAGCAGCACAGGAGAUCGCCUCUAGGCCACCAUCCUCACCAAGGCACCACCUCGUCUUCCUCCUCCUCUAACGCCUCCCAAAGGAACAGCUACAGCCCGCAGCAGCAAACCUUCAGGGCUCUGAGCUGGGGCAGCCACCAACAGCAGAGUGGAGGAGGAAGCGGAGGCUGGGGCAGUGUCAGCAGUAACUGUGGGAGGGGACUGAGAAGAUCAACUGGAGUAAUGGGUAUCUCGCACUCCAUUCCUUCCUGCUCUUCCAAGAGGUCCUAUUCCAGCCACAUGAUGGUGCCUCCAAAACUAAACAGGGGCCGCCCGGCAUCGGCUUUGAAAUCCUGGAUGGAAGAGAACCCACUGAGGACAGAUGGCAACAGCAACUGGCUGCCUCACCAUCAGGAAUGGACGCACCCAUAUGAUACUUUCAACAUGCACUCACUGGAGAACUCCCUGAUUGACAUCUUACAGAACGAACAGGAACCACUCAAGGGUCGAUCAGCUUUGUUCCCUGUUGAAGAUGGCUUCCUUGACAAUAGCCAGGGUGACCAAUCUUUAUCUUCAGGCUUGAACUCCCCAGCUCUCAGCCAGAAUGGGAAAUCAGGAGAACGAUAUUCCCGAAAGGUUUUUGUUGGCGGUUUGCCACCAGACAUUGAUGAAGAUGAGAUAAUCGCUACUUUCUGCUGUUUUGGACAGCUCAUGGUAGACUGGCCUCACAAGUCGGGAAGUAAAUCCUACUUUCCACCCAAAGGUUAUGCCUUCUUAUUGUUUCAGGAGGAGUGUUCAGUUCAGGUUCUGAUUGAUGCCUGCUUUCAGGAUGACGGUAAACUCUAUUUGUGCGUCUCUAGCCGCACAGUCAAGGACAAGCCGGUGCAGAUCAGACCCUGGAGUCUGAGUGACAGCGACUUUGUGCUGGAUGGCUCACAGCCUCUAGAUCCCAGGAAGACCGUCUUUGUGGGAGGGGUACCAAGACCCCUGAAAGCUGUGGAGCUGGCCAUGAUCAUGGACCAGCUGUACGGAGGAGUUUGCUAUGCUGGCAUAGACACUGAUCCUGAGCUGAAAUACCCAAAAGGAGCAGGCAGAGUGGCAUUUGCCAAUCAACAGAGCUACAUUGCAGCAAUCAGUGCUCGCUUCCUCCAGCUACAACAUCGGGACAUCGACAAACGGGUGGAGGUGAAGCCGUACGUCUUGGUGGACCAGCUGUGCGACGAAUGCCAGGGCGCCCACUGCAACGGCAAAUUCGCCCCUUUCUUCUGCGCCAACAUCACGUGCCUGCAGUACUACUGUGACUACUGCUGGACGAGCAUCCAUUCCCAGGCUGGUCGCGAAUACCACAAGCCGCUGGUGAAGGAGGGCGGGGAGAGGCUGCGACAGCUACCGUUUCGCUGGAGCUGAGCAUGGCCCGUCUCUCUCUCUCUCUCUCUCUUUUUUCCCCCCCCUUUUUGGGAAAGAAGGGCACCAAUUUGCGGGACCCACGAAUCGAUAUUUAGUGGCUAUUUGUUAACCUGCCGUUCCUUUAUCUAGAAGUGUUUGUGCACAGAAUUUCCAACCCAGUAUAUCUUUUGUUUUUUUUUUAAGAAAAGAAAAAAAAACAAAUCUGGCUUUGCCUGUUCACCCAUCUUGUUAGUGCAGAUGUAUAAAAUGAAGGUGUAAUAGUGUUUUUUUUUUUGUAGUCCUCCAACGAUGAAAUUUUUUUCUUCUUUUUAUUUUGGUCAGGGGUGAGGGAUUUAAUUGAAUGCACCAAGCAGAGUGAUUCUGGGUAUAGGGUGGGGUUAAUGAGUGUUCUGGGGUGAUGGGGGUUUGGGGGUGGCGGGGGGCGGGGGGAAUGUGGUGGGCAUGAAUUGUGCCGUUGAGUGAAGGGUCCACUCGUGCCAGAAUUGCAUGCAUUGAUCAAAAGUGGUAUGGAAAUAUAGUGUGCUGUGACGCUGCAGCGCCCGGGUGAUUGUUGACAGCUGGCGAAGAUGAAACUAAGUCCUUCUGAGUGACAGAUCUCCCGACAGCCCAUGGUUGUACAAGCGCACACGUCUGUCCGUCACUGAUCCACUCUCACGCAUCUACCUCCCCUGGCUUCUGCUGAGUCAGCGAGUCUCGUUUUGGUCGCUCCGACGCAGGAAUUCGGGAGCAGUGUCACGUCUUGAGGUUUCUGGUUGUCACUGGAGUCUGCUGCUGUGUGCAUGGUCCGGGUUUCAGGUGGGGAAAUAGGCUCGCUUGCAACACCUUUCCCAGAUGCUGACAUCUGUCUCGGUCGGGCAUCUUGGCCAGUUUCGUGGGGUGUGCUAUGAAAGCUGUCAGAACAUGUUCAAGAUUCAGGACAUGAAGGGUGAGGAUGGAUAAACUGGAGUCUCUAUGACUUGUGUUCGCAUCUUCUGGUUUGAUGAUUGAAAUCUGUGUACUUCUCCUUGUCAUACAGGGGUCAGUUGCCUGAUCUUAAAAAAAAUCCAGAAUUUUGAAUGUAUUCAGCAGUGACUAAGAUGUUUACACUACUUGAGCAGUUUGUCAGGCGAGCUAGUUGGCCAUCUUGGGUCAUCUUCCCAAAGAUACUUCUGUCCAGGAUAGGGCACUAGCACUUCUGAGAAAAACAGAUCAAAUCUGAAUUUGAAGGGAACUGGAUGCCGUGUUAUGUUCAUUCAUGUCAUGUGUCUUCCAGUUUUAUUUGGCUACGAGGCCCCUGCACGGACUGAGCUGAGACAAUCUCAGUUCAGUUCCAAGGAUAUCUGAGCCCCAGACUGCACAUCUGCUGUUGUGGCACGCAGUUGGCAUGGCACUGGAGCCCUUCUGGGGCAGAAGAGGGGCAUUUCACUCUGUAGAUUUUCCACCUGGUCGUGCUUGCUGUUGAUGCUCAGUGCCUGAAAUGGGACGUGUUUGUUCCUCGUCAGUUAGCAUCCAUCCCUUUGCUGAGGGCAGAAUCCAAAAAGUGUUCUUGGAUGGUCGAUGAUGAAUAAAGCUCCUCUGGGAACAAACAAAAACACAAGAUUCUGUGUCAGUUACAGAUUAGGUCUUUGGAGUGCAUACCUUCACCCGUCUUUCUGCUCAACUGUUUUGGAAGAGUUGAUGCUGUCGUGCAAUCACUUGGCUGGUCUUUGCCUAUAAUGUCAUCUUGGGACAAGCAUUGUGCUGCCACUGACCUCUUGAUCACAUCUUUUCUGUGGUUUUUGGUUUAAUGCAGUGAGGCUGGCAAUCGGAGCAAUAUCCACCUUUUUCAAACUGCAGCCCUGUACUUUUACCAGAAUUAUCUUCACUUUGUGAGUGUUUGGUCCCUGUGCACUCUGCAUUAGGGUUAGGGUUCUCCUAUUCCAGCCUAGUUAAUGUCAUAGCAUGACAGCCCCACAGGAUAAGAGAGCAGCAACAAAAGACACAGACGCUCUGGGUCAUAUCUGUUAUGAAAGUGUGAAGCAAACAGCCUUGUGGAACUGUGCCUCUGAUGCAGGAUGAGAGGAGGGGACUGUCAUGGAAGCUGGUGCGUGCAAUCUAAGUGACACACUUUGUGCGAAGGCCCAUUGUUUGUUCUGUUGGACAAAAUGUUUAUUUUUUUCCUAGCUUACUCUCAAUUUGGCAGCUAAAAUAGGUGUCUGCUUCCCAGUUCAUCACUUCUUUAUUGUGCACAGUUUGAGUUUCGUGGCUGAAUUUUUAAUGCUUUCUCUUUUCUGCUGCCCACCUUGUUGGCAUAGUUCCUUCCACAGUGCUGAAUAUUACUUGAAGAAUUCCCUACAAGUCUCUGGGCUGGUCUUCAGCAGCUCAUAACGAAUCUUCUUCCCAAUCUCCCAAGCACCAGGAGGUACUUUUUGUUUUGCCUUUCACUGGCUUAUUAGUCAAUCCAAUCUCGGACAGUGUACCAUGCCACCUCAUCAUCAGAUGAGCCUUGGGUCUGUCCUCGUACUGAGGCUUCGCGUUAUACUUGGAUGGAGUAUGGAUAUAGAGAGGGGUGCUCCCUUAACCACAUCCUCUGGUUGGUGUUGUGUCCAAUGCAGUGUUUCUGUAGGGAGAUGGUGAAGUCCACUUCAGCCGCUUCUGAAUCCCCUCUCCCAGCUCUAGCCAUCAGCCAGAAUUGUGCUAUUCGGUGGUUCGGUUUUGACUCAACCAAGUACACCCUCUCUCUCACACAGCCCCACUCACAUUGCUCAUACCCCAACAAAAGGCCUGCAUCCUGCAACCAGAACAACUGAACCUUCCUUGGCUUGGACUUAUUUGAGCAGCCUUUGUUAUGUUUCACAGUGCGUUAUUGUUGUUGAGUCGAUCAUGGAAGGCCUGGCUUCCCUGUGUCGAUCCGAGAUUUGUGUCCAAAGCACUCCUGACAUAUAGGGAAGGCAAGAGACAAGUCAGGGGUCCUCUUUGUGCUCACCACCCCUUGUUGUCUGGCUUCAGGGAAGGUUAGCCACAGCACAACUGUGUGGUCGAGUAGCAGGUUGUGGAUUGUAAUUUGCUGGUUCAUUUGGAAGAUCACUCUCAUGGACACAUUGUUGGAGCAAAAAGAACAUGAGCCCAGGAAUUGGCUGCACGUGUUAGGAAAUGAAUGUCAUGUUGAUUCUAUAUAGCACAAACAGCAUUUUAACACUUUCAUCCCAUCACCACACCACACGCCAACACGAAACAGUAACACAGUGAAACCACCUUACUUUUAUCUGAGUGCAAGGAUGUGCAUGCUGUUUGUUAACUUAUCCCUUUGUUCAUUGGAGUUUUGUUCUUCACUUAUCCAUUAGGUUAUCUAAUGUAGAGAGUGUGUUGGGAGCAGUUACUUGGUUAUGGCUCCAUUCUACUGUCUACCUUUCUCUGUCACAUGAGCCCUUGAAAAGCCGCCACUAAUGCCUCUGUUCGACAGUCAGCCCCAGCUCAAUGCAGCGCAGUUCACGUACCGUUUGUAUCCUUUCUGCACUAAGGCAACUGAGAGUGCAUAGUCUCUCUCUCCCCGACACACACACACACACACACACACACACACACAGGCACACACACACACACACACACACAGGCACACACGUUUCUGAUCGAAUGUCCUGACAGAAAUAGAAACAGAGAUGCCAAGCAUCGGUCAUCGAGGCUGAGAGUUUAUUUGUUUAUCGAUUUUUUUUUUUUCCUUUAGUUUCAUCUGAUUAGAAGGUUGUUUUCUCAUUUUAAAAAGAAAUUUGUGAGACACUUUCAGGUAAGGUGGUUCCUAGAAAUGUGGGAUGUACAUCCGCCUGAUUGUCCGAGACAAAUGGUAGCCUAAAUUAGAUUCAGUUCGAGAGAUUUUUCUGGAUGGGCAGUGAGAGAUUGCUUGCAUUGUUUUUCUUCUCCCCCCUUGGUCUGUUGAGAUGGAGGAACUUCAUCACGAAGCAACAGAUUAGACCAUUAAACCAUUAAAGAUGAGAGGUGGGCGUAUUAGUAUAUUUUAUUGAGCUUUUCUAGUCUUGGACGAGGCAGCUGCAGAUCGAGCUGGUGAGUCAGCCAGGGCCUCCCUGUCUGGAGUACUGUUGUUGCGGUACGUGUGGCAGAGGGGAUGAGCAGAACAUCAGGCUGAGUGAGGUGCGGUCUAUCCAGUGUAUCGAAGGGGCUGAGUAAUGGUCACAGAAGACAGUUGCCAAGGGUGGGUUGCCAUGUUGAGUCUGCAGAGGUGGUGGACACAUAUGGUGACGUGUCGAAUGGCCUCUAUGAGGCAUAUACACGUGUUCUGUGAUCACAGUUGGCAUCCCGCAGUUGUUGGGAAUCAGAUUGAAGGAGCGGGUAAGUGUUGGUGGUUCCGAGGUGGUGAGGCAGAAGUAUCAUAAAUUGUGGUGAGGUGUGGUGGGGGGGUGGGUGGAUAAGGAUUGAAAAGUAAUUGGAAGAUUUUGGGGGAGGAGAUGUAGAAGGGAACAGGGAAAGUGUAAUAUUUCUUGUACAACAGCUGGUGUAUCUGCUCUUGCAUUAAUGUAAUAAUUCAAACCCCUACCACCACCUUAACUGAACUACCAGUGUUUGGUAUAAUUGACACUUGAACUAGAUUUUAGCAGUUUUGUAAAGAAAAUAUAUAAAUCAAAAAAAUGAGAUGCUGCUUUUUCUACUAAAGAGUCACAUGAUUUUUGUAUUUUUGUAUCGCAACUUUAAUGUCCAGUGAUGUUUUCUAUUACUAAUGCUUGUAUGUAAUGUUAAACAUGGACAUGUGACUCUGUAGAUAUCUAGUAGAUACCUCAGUUUUUUUUUCAAUUUUAAAAUCUUAUUUUUUUUUCUCUAAAGUAAGUAUAUUUCGGUUCUGCAAAGACUGACAGAUAAUUUAUCUUUUAGUUUAGUUGGGAGAUAACAUAUAUAAAUAUAUAUAAAUAUAUAUAUAAAACAGUAUGCACACUGUAAAAUUAAAAAUGUAUGAGGUCUGAGGUAUAUUGUUUGACAAUGAGAAUUUGCCAAAUAAACGCUUGAUUUCUGUGA